GGCAUGGAGAGAUUCGUUUGUUUCCCCUAUAGCUUGUAUCAGGGGUAUGGAAACCCACUGGCCAUGGGCACGACUGACCUUCCCAAGCAGAAGCAUCUCGGGCCAUCCGCCUUUUUGGUGGGCCCCGGGCACGUACCUGCCAACCCCGGCGACUACUUGGACACUUACAAGACGUCACAGCUCAAGGCCAUUCUGUCUCAGGUAAACCCCAACAUCAGCCUGAGGCUGUGCAAAGCAAAUACCAAAGACGUAGGGGUGCAGGUGAAUCCGCGGGUGGAUAAGUUCAUUCAAUGCUCGCUAGGGCCGCAGACCCUGUACAGCAGCGCCCCCGGCGAAGGCAGCAGCCCCUCUGGCCUCUCCACACGAGGCUUUUAUUCCCCAGUGCUCGGUCGGGGGUUCUUGAUCCACCUUAGCAAACAAGAGGGCCAGGGGAAAGGAAAAGCGUCCUCAGAGUUGGUGGAGUCCACACCUCAGCAGCCCUUUUUGCCAGAGCCAGAAGGGACCAGGGAGACGGAGAAACUGCCGUCGCAGCUGGAAGAGAAGUCCGGGGAGGAGAGGGAUGAAUUGAUUGCUGCCCCGCGGCAGGAGACCCAAGAUGGGGAAGUAGAGCAUCAGAAGGAGGGAGCCGCUCUUCCCAAGAAGCCCACUUUCCAGUUUUUGGAACAGAAAUAUGGCUACUUUCACUGUAAAGACUGCAGGACCAGGUGGGAGAGUGCUUAUGUCUGGUGCAUUUCUGGGAGUAAUAAGGUUUAUUUCAAACAACUCUGUCGAAAGUGCCGAAAGAGCUUUAACCCUUAUCGAGUGGAAGGGAUCCAGUGCCAGACUUGCUCAAAUUCUCGUUGCUCCUGUCCUCAAAAGAAAAGACACAUUGACCUACAGAGGCCGCAUCGACAGGAACUUUGUUGCCGCUGCAAAGACAAGAGGCUCUCCUGUGGUAGGAUUUACAGCUUUAAGUACAUUGUCUGA